AUGGCACCUGCUGUCCUCAACCAGAUCACCGGCAACGGCGCGGGAUCGACGAAAAACGACGCUGAGCCACGCCUCACCUCUGCCGACGUUGUGCACAAGGAGCACGAGUACGGCGCACACAACUACCACCCGCUGCCUGUCGUAUUUGACGUCGGAAAGGGGGCCAAGGUAUGGGAUCCGGAAGGGAGAGAAUACAUUGAUAUGCUGUCGGCGUACUCCGCUGUGAACCAGGGCCACUGCCACCCCAAGAUAGUUGGCGCGCUCGUCGAGCAGGCGCAGAAGCUCACGCUCUCGUCGCGUGCCUUCUACAACUCUGUUUUCGGACAGUAUGCACAGAUGAUUACGGAGAUGUUCGGUUAUGAGAGUGUCCUGCCGAUGAACACAGGCGCGGAAGCGGUCGAGACCGCCGUCAAGCUCGCACGCAAGUGGGGGUACGUCAAGAAGGGUGUUCCCGAGGGCAAGGCGAUCGUGCUCAGUGUCGAGGGCAACUUCCACGGCCGCACGCUUGGUGUUAUCAGCAUGAGUACCGACCCAGAGAGCCGGACUGGCUUCGGACCCUACCUCGAGAACGUGGGGCCGACGUUCCAAGACAACGGGAACUUGCGCACGAUCCGCUUUGGCGAGGCUGCGGACCUGGAGCGUGCGCUCGAGCUGCACGGGAAGCAUGUCGCUGGUUUCCUUGUCGAGCCCAUCCAGGGCGAGGCCGGCAUCGUGGUCCCGCCCGCCGGGUACCUCGCCAAGGUCAGGGAACUGUGCACGAAGCAUAAUGUUCUCCUCAUCUGUGACGAGAUUCAGACUGGUCUCUGCCGAACUGGCAAGAUGAUGGCGUUCGAGCACGAGAACAUCCGUCCGGAUGUCGUCUUGCUCGGCAAGGCGCUCUCAGGAGGAGUCUACCCUGUCUCCGCCGUCCUCGCCGACAAAGAGAUCAUGCACUGCAUCAAGCCCGGCGAACACGGCAGCACGUACGGCGGCAACCCACUCGGCUGCGCGGUGGCCAUGGCGGCCCUCCGUGUGCUCGUGGACGAGAACCUGGCGGAGCGUGCGCGUGUGCUGGGCGAGAAGUUCCGGUCGGGCAUUGAGGCGUUCAACUCGCCGUUCGUCAAGACCGUGCGCGGGCGCGGUCUGUUCAACGCGGUCGUCAUUGACGAGUCGCAGAGCGGCAAGGGCCGUACCGCAUGGCAGUUCUGUCUUCUGCUCAAGAGCCGGGGUGUCCUUGCGAAGCCGACGCAUGUCAACACGAUCCGAUUUGCACCUCCGCUGGUCAUCUCGGAGGAGGAGCUGGCUAAGGGCAUCAGCAUCAUUGGCGAGUGCCUGAAGGAUUUCGAUCAGCUUGAUGACAUCCCGGGUGACGUCGACAGCGAGAAGGGUUUCCAGGAGCACAUCUCUAACUGA